AUGGAACCUUCCUCACAAACCAUCAUUCUCAUCACUGGAGCAAACCAAGGCGUUGGUUUUGAGACAGCAAAGAACCUCGUUUUGCACUCAUCCAAAUAUCAUGUCAUCCUCGCUAGCCGCGACUCGUCCAAAGGAGCCGACGCCGUAUCCACACUGAAGAACCUUCCCAACAUCAAAGGCACCGUAGAAGCCAUCCAGCUCGAUGUUACGGAUGAUGUCUCUGUCGAUGCUGCUGCCUCAAAAGUCUCCUCCACCCACGGCCGCCUCGAUGUUCUUGUUAACAACGCCGGCAUUUUGAGCAAGAACCCGGUUGCACGCGAGAAUCUCCGGGAAGUGCUAGCCGUCAACUGCGUAGGCGUCAUGAGUGUCACAGAAGCUUUCCUCCCCCUUCUCCGCAAAUCCCCAGCUCCACGUCUCGUCUUCGUCUCCUCGAGCAUCGGCUCCAUCACUCACGCCUCAAACCCGGAAUCACCCUACUACCGCGCAACAGGCGAGCAAUACCGCAUGAGCAAAGCAGCGCUGAACAUGCUGAUGAACCAGUACCAUGUGAAGCUUGCGAAGGACGGUUUCAAGGUCUUCGGUGCGGAUCCUGGCUUGGUGGUCACGAAUCUCAUGGAUAAGGAGAAUCAGCGGGCGAGAGGCGGGGUUGAGGAGAUGUGGGAGGAGAGCGUAUUGCGACUAUUGUGA